GGUGGACGGACCGCCGGACUUUGGGGCACGGACGGAAGCACAGCCACAUAAAGGCGUUUUCGAUUGCAGAAUUUCGAAACACCCAGCCGACCCCUCUUGAACGCCAACCUCUCGACACACUCGGAGCUGACAAUCACAACCAUGGACCACUCCGCUGAUGAGCCUCCUCGGCGCCUGCGCAGUGGGCGCCUGAUUGUCGCUCCACCGCGCCGCCGGCGGCCGGAGGUCGUCAGUGCAGCAGCGUCAACAAUGUCGGCGGGGAGCAUGCGCGUUAGCCACGGGAGGACUAGGCUGCAGCGCCGCCGUUGUGUGGAGGCCGCCGAGGCGAUGCCGGAUGGGAACAUGCGCAGUACGCGCCGGAGGAGCCAGCCGCAGCCGCCGCAGCCGCAGCCCAGGCCGGGAGCCGAGAGUCAGGGCGGCCGGAGGAGGCCCGGGAAGCCGCAGCGACCCCGCAAACCGGAGGCUGCCACCGCCGGCUCUGAUGGCGGCAGGACCCAGCCGCAGCGCCCCCGUAGUGGGGAGACCGUGGCGGCAGCAGAACAUGCAGCCUCACCCGGCACCCAUGGGUGCCAAGAGUGCCCGCGCACCUUCGCCCGCCGCACGGCUCUGCGGCAGCACGCCCGCACCCACACGGGCGAGCGGCCGUACCCGUGCGAGCGCUGCGGCGCCCGCUUCGCCCUGCAGGGCACCCUCAGGACGCACCUAAGGGUGCACACGGGCCAGCGGCCGUACCGCUGCCCGCUGUGCCCGGGCAAGGCGUAUGCACACCGCUCGUCGCGGAACUACCACCGGCGGCUGCACAGCGGCGAGCGGCCGCACCGCUGCGGCGACUGUGGCCGCGGCUGCCUGACACGAGCCGCGCUGGCACGCCACCGGCUGCGCGAGCACGGCGCCACCGACGGCCGGCCCCCGCCGUUCGCGUGCCCGCGCUGCCCGCGCGCCUUCCUCGACUCCACGGCGCUGCUCGGCCACCUGCGCGUGCACACGGGCGAGCGCCCGUAUCCGUGCCCGCGCUGCGGCCGCGCCUUCGCCCAGUCGUCCACGCUGCGCGUGCACCAGCGAACUCACCGAGACCGGGAGGGGGAGCAGCCCCGGGAUCCUACCGGGUAG